AUGCUUGCUGGAAUUAAUCAGAAAAUUGGAGAUCUUGAUGUCACGGUGUACGAAUUUGCGACGUUGGAGGGAAACAAUCCCGCUCAAAAUUUGACGAGCGUCCAACGAAUGAGCCACGUUAGCGAUGUGAGCCCCCUCAAGGGAUCCGUCAUCCAUGAACUCGAGCAGGACCUAGAUCUCAUCGUUGUGGUCAUACAUUUCGUGACGACGUUGGGGUGGCUGAUGUCGCAGAGAAUCUUAAUCUUCCUGCAAAUCUAG